AUGUUCGUGUCGUAUAUUUGGUUAUCUGCUUUAAUUACAAAAAGUCAUAAACAAGGAACACUUCAUCUUGAUGAUCUUUAUGAUCUUCCUGCUCAUCUUGAAUCAACAUCAUUGACUGAUAAAUUAGAAGCUAAUUGGAUUGAUGAAAUAAGACAAUGUCCACAAAAUCCAAAUUUAAUUCGAGCUACAUUACGUACUGUGGGAUGGAAAUUGUUCCUAAUUGGUCUUUUAUUAAUUCCAUUUGAAUUAUUAAAUGUUAUUCAACCAUUAUUAGUCAUCUAUUUAAUAAGAUUUUUCGAACCAUGUUCAACAAUGUUUUCUUGGCAAGCUUGGUUAACAGCUUCGGCUGUUAUUUUGUCACUAUUUUGUAUGAAUCUACUUUUUCAUCAAUACGUGUAUCAUAUCCAGAUGUGUGCUAUACAAAUGAGAGUAGCUUAUAGUGGUUUAAUCUUUCGAAAGGUACUUCGUCUAUCAAGUCAUGCAAUGAAUAAUUUUAGUUCUGGUCAAAUUACUAAUUUAUUAGCAAAUGACGUCCAGAAAGCAGAAGUGGUUCAAUACUGUUUGAACUAUUUAUGGAUCGCUCCAUUACAAAUCAUUAUCGUUAUUUUCCUAUUGUGGCAUUUUGUUAAGUAUAUUGCUUUUAUUGCUGUUGGAUAUACGCUAUUGCUAUUAUUGAUUCAACCAUUAUUCAGUCGUCUAUUUCUUCAUUUACGUACGGAAAUUUUGAAAAUAACUGAUGAACGUGUCAAAAUUAUGUCGGAGAUUAUAAAAUCAAUGCGUAUUGUGAAAAUGUAUUGUUGGGAAUCAGCAUUCGAAAGAAAAAUUCGUCAUAUAAGAACGCGUGAAGUGAUGAAAACUACUCUAUUUAUGAUGUUCACUUGUAUCGAAACGGUCUUAUCAAAUAGUUAUAUCAAUAUAAUAUUUUUAAUGAUGUAUGGAGCAAUGUGGACAUUCAAUAUAAAAUUUGAUACAGGUUUAUUUACUCUUUUGUAUGUAUUACUUAAUUAUACACGUCAAUGUUGCAUUACUUUUUUUAACUUUGCUAUUCAUGAUGUUCUUAAUUAUAUUGCAGCUCAAAAACGAAUUCGAACAUUUCUUUUACUCGAUGAAUCUGAACGAGACAAUCGAUUGUUAUCAAUAUCGUCCAAAGAUAUUGUAGCAAUAGAUACGAUUGAUAAGAAUUCAAUAAAACGAACAUCUGAAGUUAUAUGUAAUUUAAAACAAGCUCACUGGGAAAAAAAUGAAAAAUUCUCAUUGAGAAAUAUUCUAUUCGAUGCUCAUCCAGGUGAUUUAAUCUGUAUUAUUGGACCUGUUGGAUCUGGAAAAAGUUCACUUUUACAAACAUUAACAGGUGAAAUAACUUAUUUUGAUGGAAAAGUUCGAUUAUAUGGAUCAUUUUGUUAUGUACCACAAGAAUCAUGGAUAUUCUCGUCAUCAAUAAAAAGUAAUAUUCUUUUUGGUAAAGAAUAUAAUCAUAGAUUAUUUCAACGUAUUAUUCAUGCAACUGCCCUCAAUAUAGAUUUUGUUCAAUUAUCUCAUGGUGCGAAUACACUUGUUGGUGAUCAAGGUGUUAUGUUAUCUGGAGGUCAAAAAGCACGUGUCAAUAUGGCAAGAGCACUUUAUCGUGAUGCUGAUAUUUAUCUAUUAGAUGAUCCACUUUCAGCUGUUGAUGCUAAAGUUUCUAAACAUCUCUUUGAACAAUCAAUUAAAAAAUAUCUUCAUAAUAAGAUCUGUAUUUUAGUUACUCAUCAAAUACAAUUUUUACAAGAUGCAACAAAAAUUAUUGUUCUUGAUAAUGGUGAAAUGAUACAAAUGGGAACAUAUGAAGAAUUAUUGAUGUCUUCAUCAACCUUUGCUCAACUUCUUGAAGAUAUAAAUCAACAUGAACAAGAACAAGAACAACAAUCAGUUUCAUUAUCAAAUCAACGAUCAACAGUUGGUUCCAUAAGUUCAGAGAAAGAAAAUGCAGAUGAAGAAGAUAUGAAUUUAUUACCAAAAAAUCUUGAAACAAAACAAGAAGGAACAGUUAAUUGGAAAGUUUAUAUAUCAUAUCUUCAAGCUGGUAUUGGUGUUAUUUCGGGUAUUCUAUUAAUUAUAAUUAUAUUUGGAUCACAACAAGUCAUAUCGAUUUAUAGUAAUUGGUGGUUAGCAGCAUGGAGUAACGAUGAAAGUCAUCGUCAUCAGAAUUCGACUAAUUGUAUGAGUAUACGAGAUAAUAAAACAGAUACAAUAUAUCGAAUGAAUGAUAUUGAAUGGAAUACACAUCGAAAUCGACGAUUUUAUAUAUUUAGUAGUCAGUUGAAUGAAUGA